UAGUAUUGGAACCAUCAGCUGUUUUGACAAACGUAAACACGUGUGGCAGAAAACGUGUUCCCAAACAAAACAAAAGGCACAAUGGAGUCAGACCAAAUGAGUUUCAUUACUUGCGCAGCGUGGGUUCCCAAAGGAGUUGCAAAGAGCAAACCAGACAAAGUAAUUAGAGAAUUGGACGAUGAGGAAAAUGAGGAAGAGUCCAGUGAUGAAGAGAACGAGGAGGAAAUGGAAGGAGAGGAGGAAGACCUUGAUGAAAAGGAGCAGGGAGACGAUAAGGAAAACAGGGAAAUAGAAGACAAAGAGGAAGAGGAAGAGAUCGAGGAUGAGGAGUUCGAAGAAGAGGAAGAGGAAGUAGAAAAAGAAGCCGCGGAAACAGAGCCCAUGGUCGAGGAAGCAACCAUGGCAGAAGUACCCGAAAAGAAGGAAGGAUUGAGUAAAAGCCAGAAGAGGAGGAAGAAAAAGAACAAGAAGAAAGAGCUCAAAAAGAAGCAAGAAGAGGAGGAGGAAGAGGAAGAGUUAGACAACAUUCUCAACCUUGAUGACUACGACAAAGAAGUAGAUACCAUUUCACAGAAGUUAACAAUGAGCAACAUCGCAGUCUUCGCUAACAACGAUGAUGAUCCCCACCUGACUGUCAAGGAUGCCGAUAAUAAGGACAGCGAUGAUGAAGACGAGGUCAUUAUGUCGAGCGAUAACCUUGUUGCAGUUGGUCAUGUUGAUGGUGAUGCAGCCAUUUUGGAGAUAUAUGUGUACAAUGCAGAGGAAUCCAGUUUCUACGUCCACCACGACAUCCUCCUCCCAGCAAUCCCUCUUUGCAUGGAGUGGAUGAACUACGAUCCUGGAGAUGAAUACCUCAGACCAGGCAACAUGCUGGCCAUAGGAAGCAUGGCACCUGUAGUGGAUGUGUGGGACCUCGACAUAGCAGAUUCCUUGGAGCCAGCCUUCUCUCUUGGUAAGAAAGGAAGCAAGAAGAAGAAGAUUGCAGGAGUUGGACAUAAGGAUGCCGUGCUGUCCCUUGCCUGGAACACACAUGCAGAGCAUGUUUUAGCAAGUGGAUCAGUUGACCAGACAGUCAUCCUGUGGGACAUGGAGCAUGGAACAGUUGCCCAGCAGUUGAAAUGCUUCAAGGAAAAAAUCCAAUCCAUAAAGUGGCACCCCAAAGAAGCACACACACUGCUUGCGGGAUCAUGUGACAAGAAAGUGAGAAUGCUUGACUGCCGAAGCAACGACACAUUCCAAGCAUGGAAAGUGGAUGGAGAAGUUGAGUCAGUGCUCUGGGACAAACACAGUCAGAAUCCUCACAAUUUUCUGGCUAGCACAGAUGCAGGCACAGUGUACGCAUUUGAUGGCAGAAAAGAUAAGCCUUUAUGGACUUUGGAUGCACAUCAUAAAUCAUGUUCAGCAAUGAGCAUGAGCCCUACCUGUCCUGGAUGCCUGGUGACAGCCUCCAUGGACGAGACUGUCAAGGUGUGGGAUGUGGCCUCAGACAAGCCGGUCCUGGUAGAGGAGCACAAGAUGAACCUGGGCGUGAUCCAGUGCCUCUCAGCCUGCCCUGACUGGCCCUUUGUCUUCUGCAUGGGCGGGGACAACAAGGAAAACAACUUCAAGGUGUGGGAUAUCAGGAACUCUGUUAAAGUGCGCACGCAAUUCUGUCCUCGAAUGGGUAUGCCAACGGACGAGGACAUGGACACAGAAGUAGCAACAAAAGCCCUAAGCAACGUGCACCUCGAAGAUGAUGAUAGCGUCCAAGUGGUAUCGGGAAAAGUACCCCCUGCUGCCGCUGCUGCUCCUGCUAACUUUAAGCCCAAAGUCAAGAAAUUCCACAAAAAGAAGGGAGGUCAUCUUAGUAAAAAGAAGAGAUGGUAAAAUUAUUUAUAUUACUAGUAGGAACAUUAUUCACCUGUUUAUAAGGUGGGGGGGGGUAAAUGUAAACUUUUUUUUUUUUUUUUUUUUUUCUCUCUUAAUUCUUGCACUUAAUUAUUAAAUGUAAAUAAUAAGAUCUUAAAACUACAAGUCACAUAGCUAGAGAUGCUUUGUACUCUUAGUAUGUUGUAAGACUUCCUUAAAGAAUAAUUUACCUUAUAUUUUUCUGAUAAUGUUGUCGUCUAAAUGCCACAAAAUUGAUGGAUCUUAUGUUUCAGACCCAGUCCAGCUGUGGUUAUAAAAGAGUCAUUUAGAUACUGGGGGAGAGUUAGUUUAUAUUCUUAUAUGUUAUUUAUAAGAGACUUCUGUGAAUACUAUUUAAUGCAAGAUCACUGUAAAUACAUGAGUGUCGGUUGGAUUUUAUAAAAGUAAUCGUUUUGAAAGCAACUGAUGUUUCUUUGCUUAAUAUUCUCAAUAAAAUACAAACUGAGUGCUUGAAUGUAAAUACAGAAAUAUUUGUUUUUCUGGAACUGUUAUUUGGAUUAUGUUAUUCUCAUUUAAACUUUUCUUUCUAGAUUUUUUUUGUGUUGUUGAUAUUAGGGAUUCAAUAUUUUUCUUCUGAAUAGUUGAAAAUAAUAAAAAAAAAUGUGUA